GGAAAACAAGUCGGAAACAUUCUGUUGUUCAUUCUUCUCCUCCGCCUGACCUGAGCGAUUAGCGAAGGACGUGCGCGUCGCCUGCUCAAAUACUACUGUGCUUUAUUUUCCCUUCUCUGAGCAUGGAGGAGCAAAACCGUCCGAAGCAUGAUUUAGGGCUCGAAGGCGAGAGAGGGGACGAUAUGGAGCAGCGCUGCAAUUUCUGGCUUCCCAGGAAAAGCAGAUUUUGUGCAAACUCGAGUCUCAAAGAUUCCAUAUUCUGCGGCAAUCACAACUCAACGUCUGAAGGCCAGUGGAUCCCCUGCCCCUUGGAUCCUUCGCACUCAGUACUUAAGCAAAACGUGGGAGGGCAUGUUAAGCGAUGCCCGAAGCUGAAACAAGUUCAGUCGUUGUCUCUCCAACAUUUUUAUCGAAAAGGCAUUAACGCUGGCAAUGAAGAUGAGGAAACGUUAAAAGUUCGUGAUUCAGUAUUGCCCAAGCCCGUCACAAUGCCUUUGGAUAACAUUUCUUCAGAAAUGAAGAGAGAUAUUGUGCAUAAUAUGAGUAUAAUUGAAUUCUCAAAUUUAAUUGGAAAGAUCGAAUCUGUUUACGAAUCGUUCUCCAAGGAUAUUCGAGACUCAUAUCAGAUUUCAGAGGUUUGCAGUCGAUGGAUUGAAUCCGCAGUUGAGGAGAGGAAAUUGCCGUUUCAAGAGAAACACGUAAUGCAACAGGCAUCUAUUCUGGGAAACUUGGAAAUUUUUGGUGUGCUAAAGAGUUCUCUUGGAAGUCAACCAUCCGAGUGCAAGGAGGAGGAGGAGGAUAGUGUCCCUGCGGUGAUCGAGUUUGGAGCCGGCAGAGGAUACUUGACACAAAUUCUUGCAGAUUGUUAUGGAAUUAAAAGAGUUUUCCUUGUUGAGAGAAAAUCUUACAAGCUGAAGGCUGAUCGAUCCUUGCGACAGAAUGAGGGCUUGGUGUUAGAGCGUUUGAGGAUUGACAUUGAAGAUUUGGAUUUAAACGCGGUGGAGUCUUUGGAAGGAGUUCCUUUUCUGGCGAUUGGUAAACAUCUAUGUGGGGCUGCAACAGAUUUGGCUUUGAGAUGUUGCUUUCCUGAAAAAAAUGACCAGUGCGAUGCUAAGAAGAACUUUGGAGGUUUGGCCAUCGCUACAUGCUGCCAUCAUCUAUGCCAGUGGAAACACUAUACAAAUAAGAAAUAUUUUUUGGACUUGGGGAUAACAAAGGAUCAAUUCCAUGCCAUUACAUGGUUUACCAGCUGGGCAGUAGAUGCUAAUCAUGGUUCAGAAAUAUCGGAUAUUACUGAUUGUGCUUCAAAUUUACUGUCAAUUGACAGAGAAAACGGUGACCAGCACGCAAGCGGAGCAGAAAAAUUUCUUACCGACAUGAAACCAUCUGAAAGGGCAGCGCUGGGUUUUAAAUGCAAGCGCAUGAUUGACAUGGGGAGGUUGUUGUGGUUAAGGAAACGAGGCUUGAAUACGCAGCUCGUCAGAUACGUUCCCUCAACCAUUUCGCCCGAGAAUUAUUUGCUGAUUGCCAAGCCUCACGGUCGUAUGUAAAUAUAUAAAAUUUAAAUUUUGGGCAUCUGCUCACAUCCUCCUUGAAGGUCUUUGCCUGCCCCGCCCUGCAGUCUAGUCAGGUUCCCAGCAGACGCCCUGUUUGGUUCAAUCAAUGCGGAAGGGUGAACAGAAACACAAGAGGUUAUGAGUUUGUGGCAUUAUGUAGUGUGCUGUUUAUUGAGCCGAAAUGUUGUGCUGUUUUCCAUCCACCAUUUGGAACGCUUCAUCCGUUUUUAAAGAACAGAGGGUGCUCAAAUGAAACCAGUGUGCGGAUGAAGGAACGGGGAGCGUAUGCAUCCAUAUAUUUAAAUUUGACGUAAUGUAUACAAAGUUUA